CCUCAUUGCCUAUAAAACCCCGAGGUUCCAUUGAAUCUCAUCAGUAGUGUGACUACAGAGUCCCUGCACUUCUUAUCGGUCCGAUACCAUCUGUCCACUCUUCAACUUGUGAGUCCUUCUCCUUGCAAGUCACAUCUAGAGAAGAACCUCCACAUUACAGAACCUAAGUUGUCACUGCUUUCUUGGUUUGUGUUUCUAAAGUAUCAGGAAGGUGAGUUGAAAGGUCAUUGAACAUGGCAACUACACUUCAUCUCAUUGGUGGAAAUGGAGGCACUCGAUUUGAGUUUGAUGGCUUUAACAAUGGUGCCACCCUCAAGAAGAUUGGGGUGGCCGUGGCUGGCUGGCAGAUCAAAGCCGUGCGGGCCGAACUCACCGACGGGCGUGUGAAGACCUUUGGGAAUGCAGAAACUUUCAGUGAGUUCACGUUCAAUCUUGGCGAGCGCAUCACCAAGCUGUCCCUGUGGGGGAACGGUGCCGGGUCACGUCUGGGUGGCAUCAGGUUCUGGACGACUGCUGGACGCGAGUUCUUUGCGCACAUGACCGACUGGCCCCUGAAGACCGAAUACUCUAUCGACGUGGGGUCUGGAGUCUGCCUGGGGCUGGUGGGUAACUAUGGCUCAGACAUCGACUGCUUGGGGUUCCUCUUCAUCAAUGCCAUCAAGUCGUCUGUGCUAACCGACAUGACCUAUCCCAGCCUGGCCAUGUACACACCCCAGGUCAACAAAGAAUACAUCAAAUCGGUGUCUUACCACAACGACACUAGUGCGGUUCAAGAGCAGAAAUGUUCGUACAGCAGAUCUGUGACCAAGUCUAACACCUGGAGAACCACCACUAAGAUUGAGUCCACCGUCAGCAUGACUGUUUCAGCAGGGAUCCCAGAUCUGGUGGAGGUGUCUGGUGGGUUUAGCCUGACUGUGGGAGCUGAACAGUCCUCCUCAAUGAGCCACACGGAGACCAUAAUCGAAUCAGAUGAGAUCAAUGUGAAGGUCCCGGCAAGAAAGACCGUGAGUGUUGAGUUGUCAGUGGGACGAGCAGUCAUCGACCUCGAGUACAGGGCCAAAGUGAAAAUCACAUGCCUGAACGGCAGCGAGCUGGUCUUCAAUUCCACUGGCAACUACAAUGGUGUGGCUUACACUGCAGUGCAUGUAAAAACCACUGAGUCUGAUAAAGUUAUGAAUGCUGAAUAAGAUGCAUCAACAUCUUACUGUGCACAGUUUUAAUAUUCAUUGCAUAACAUUGAUUUGAUCGCUAUUACAGAGCCAUGUGAUCUUGCUAAAUCAUCAUAAACCUGCUGGUGUGAAUUAGUCCUGAUCACAUUGUUUAACGUUUCAGUUUAGUGAAUGAUCAUUAACAUUUGUUGAUACAUUCUCGGAAUCCUUUUGUCAAAUGAUAAGCAUUGUGUUAUAAUGUGUUGGCCCUAUGUCCCGUGAUCUUGCUCAAUGAAUGACUGUCACAGAUAAGUAAAUCAUCAUCAAAAACCUG